AUGGCUAAACCCAUCUUCCUCCUGUCCACCGUCCUACUCUCCUUCCUCGCCUCCGCCGCGGGGCAGUCCACCACAGCCGUCCGCGACACGGCGGGGAAGGAACUCCGGCGAGCCUCCAGGUACUACAUCCUGCCCCUCCGCCGGGGAAGCGGCGGCGGCCUGACCCUCGCCGCCCGCAAGGGGAGGUGCCCGCUGUACGUGGCCCAAGAGAUCUUCGAGGUGGCGCGAGGGCUGCCGGUCACCUUCCGGCCGGUGGACCCAAAGGAUGCGGUGGUUAGAUUGUCUACGGACCAGAACGUGGAGUUCGCGGCGGCGACCGUCUGCGCGCAGUCCACCGUCUGGAAGCUCGGCGAUCUCGAUGGCAGCACGAAAAGGAGGUACGUGACGACCGGCGGAGCGCUGGGGAACCCUGGCCUGGGGACGGUGAGCAACUGGUUCAAGAUUGAGCGAUCUGGCAUGGACUACAAGCUGGUCUUCUGCCCUACCGUGUGCAAGUUCUGCAAGGUGUUGUGCGGGGACGUCGGCGUGUUCUACGAGAAUGGGAGGAGGUACUUGGGGUUGAGCGCCCAGCCUUUCCCGGUGAUGUUCAAGAAGGCGUAA